GGGAGCACCCUCCCUCUGUGUUUUUCACCCAGGUCUGGGUGAUCCGGAGCCAGAGGGAGUGGCCAAGGAACUUCCAUAGCAUUGGCAAUCACCGCCUGCCCAGUCAGGCUUCAGAGCCUAACUCCAGAAGUUAUUGGCCAUCUCCAGGAAAAUUAUUAUAAUCUCUGUAUGGAAAAGUCCCAGAAAAUUAAUUCCUUUAUAUUGCAUAUACUCCAAGAAGUGGAUGAAGAAAUUGAAAAGGGGACAGUGGCUGAUGGACACUGUUAGCUGGUCUUGGAGGUAGUGGAGUACGUGGGGAAGAGCACUAGACCAGCCAUCUCCGAGUCUAGCCUUCACAUUUGUCCUGAACUCCUGUGAGCUGGAUUGAUUUAUGAAAAACAUUGAAGUCUUUGAUAUCAUUUAUCUAUCAGAUCGGAAGGAAUCACAUUAAACAUUGCUGGUAACAGUUGCUUAAUGCCAGAAGAAAAAGUAACAGGUGAAGAUUUUUGGAUUCUUUUAAGAAUUUUAAAGAAGAAUCCAUAUAUUAAUGGUUUGGAUGUUAGAUAUAACUUCGUAAGUGACGUUGGUGCAUACUAUGCUGCAAGACUGCUUCAGAAACAACAUAACCUCGUUUACUUAAACCUUAUGUUUAAUGAUAUUGGGCCCGAAGGUGGAGAACUGAUUGCUAAAGCACUACAUAAGAAUACAACUCUGAAAUACCUAAGAAUGACUGGAAACAAGAUUGAAAAUAAAGGCGGAAUGUUUUUUGCUGCAAUGCUACAAAUUAAUUCAUCUUUAGAAAAAUUAGAUCUGGGUGACUGUGAUCUGGGAAUGCAAAGUGUGAUAGCAUUGGCUACAGUCCUAACUCAAAACCAAACAAUUAAGGGAAUAAACCUAAACCGACCUAUACUGUAUGGUGAACAGGAAGAGUCCACAGUUCAUCUAGGCCACAUGUUGAAAGAAAAUCACUGCCUUGUUGAACUACACAUGUGUAAGCAUAAUAUAAAGAACUGUGGUAUUAAACAGUUAUGUGAUGCACUGUAUCUGAACAGAAGCCUACGCUACCUUGAUGUCAGCUGCAAUAAAAUAACUCGCGACGGAAUGGUGUGUUUGGCUGAUGUACUGAAAAGUAAUACUACCCUGGAAGUAUUAGAUCUUUCUUUUAACAGAAUAGAAAAUGCAGGAGCAAAGUAUCUCAGUGAAACUCUUGCUUCACACAACAGGAGUCUAAGAGCGUUGUCAGUAGUCAGCAACAACAUAGAGGGAGAAGGACUUGUUGCACUUUCAGAGUCAAUGAAAACAAACCCCACAUUCUCGAAUGUCUACAUUUGGGGAAACAAAUUUGAUGAGGCUACAUGUGUGGCUUAUUCAGACUUAAUUCAAAUGGACCGUCUAAAACCAGAUAAUACAGAUGUGGAGCCAUUUAUGGUGGAUGGACAUGUGUAUCUUGCAGAAGUCUCCAAUGGCCUUAAAAAGCAUUAUUACUGGAGACCAACUUAUGAAGAAGCUUGCACGAACUCACCUAACGCAGGUUUUACUCUUGUACCAGUAGGUGAACAUCUAUGAAAAACAAGCUCUAAAAUAAUUUUCACAUAUUUGUCUUAUGUUAAUAUUUUAUUGCCUAUUAAAUUUUUCUUAGAAUGUUUUACCUCAUAUAUUUGGAAAUGACUAUAUUAAAAUGACUUUGUAUAACUAUC